AUGGCUGUGUGUCUUGGUUGCGACCCGAGCGGUCCCCCUCCCCUCUUGCUGCCUCUCGCUCUCUCCUUAAAGCUUUGCGUCCCACUCGAGUUCGCGGUGACUUGCGAUGUCAACUGCAUUUCUCGAACGCAGACAACAGGAGGGAGAGAGGGAGGCGAAAGGGAGCGGGAGAAGAGUGUUUGUCUGCGCAGCUGCGCAGUUGUGUUGUGUGCCGCUCUUCUUUCUCCUUUUUCCCCGAGAAGCUCUUUCUAG